AUGAGCCUCGAGCCCGCCCAGCCGCCCGGAGACCAAACAGGACGUCCACCCACCGCCGACAAGGGCAUCGCCGACAUCAACGCGACAUCAGCGAUCCAGUCUGGCGGCGCAUUCCUGUCCAAGAACGCCGCCGGGCCUUCCACAGCUUAUGCGUCAGGCUCGCAAGCACCACACCAGGGGAGUUCGUCGAACAAUCCCACAGGUGGACCUUCUGUCGGACCAACAUCCGAUCACCUGAACAUCCCGCAAUCGUCCACUUCAGCCAGCAAUGACCCUGCGCCUGCCGGUACAGGCUUAAGCGGAGCAACAGUGAGCGGGAGAUCGGACAGCAUAGGGCGUGGGUCCCGACGCAGCUUAACGGGCAAGAGGAGGGCUGGCAGCACCACCAGUAGCAAGCGGUCUCAGCAGGUGCCCCCUGCCACGUCAGAGAAAGGCUUGGGGGCCGCACCGGCAGCUGGCCCAUCAACAGCCACCACACAAACGAAGCCAAAGAAGAAGCGCGUCUCUCGUUUCCUAGCAUUUUUGAAUUGCUGUGGAGUUCCAGAACACGGUAAUCAGGUUGGCCAGGAGGAUACCUCAGAAGCGUCGAGGACCGCCAGGAUACAACCGACUCGUAAUACACAACCUGGCCCUUCUAAGAAGCAGGAUGUUAGCGCGGCAGAAUCGAGUACUGCCGAUUCAAAAGAACCCGUGGACGAGAAAAGCAGCGAACCAGUCUAUCAAAACACAGGAGCAAUUUCAGAAAAGAAGGCGGCGCAAACGCCGUCACAAGGUGACGUGACGAUGAUCAGGUCGACCGCGGAGAUUCCAUCAGCUGUUACUAUUACCGCUCCUGCUGGACAUUCCGAUGAAAAGAGACCGUAUGACCAGCCACUACCACCUCUCCCGAACCAGCCAGGCCGUUUAGAUACAACCUCUGCAGUCCUUCCCCCACAAGUCACCGUUCAAGCACCGACUCCAGUCAUGACACCAGCAGAAGAGCAGGUGAUAUCGGACCGGACGCCCCAGCAAGCACAGACAGAUACGGAUAUCGAAAUGACCGAUUCUGGACCCUCGCUCCCGCUCGCAGCAAGUGAGGUCCCUGCAGCGACGGACACGACGUCAGGUGAUGCAGCUCAAAGGGAAGCUGGACCUCCCAAAGUUGACUUGCCUCCACCUCCACCACUUGCAGAACGCCAAGCCCAGACCGGUAUGGCAGCAGUAGCAACGACACCUUGGACUCAAGAUACAUCUGUUGCCGUCACACCCCCGGAAACCCAGAAGUGGCUCCUACCGCCCAUACGGCCAGAAUUUAAGGGCAAGAAAUGUUUGGUGUUGGAUUUAGAUGAGACUCUGGUGCACAGCAGCUUCAAGAUCUUGCACCAGGCAGACUUCACCAUACCCGUCGAGAUAGAAGGACAGUAUCACAACGUGUACGUUAUCAAACGACCAGGCGUAGACGCUUUCAUGAAGCGUGUCGGCGAGCUGUACGAGGUUGUGGUCUUUACAGCAUCGGUGUCGAAGUAUGGCGAUCCACUUCUCGAUCAGCUAGACAUCCAUGGUGUGGUACAUCAUCGUCUGUUCCGAGAGAGCUGUUACAAUCACCAAGGCAACUAUGUCAAGGAUCUCUCGCAAGUGGGACGUGACCUCCGGGAAACCAUCAUCAUCGACAACUCUCCAACAUCGUACAUCUUCCAUCCCCAGCAUGCCGUACCCAUCAGCAGUUGGUUCUCCGAUGCCCACGACAAUGAACUUCUCGACCUCAUCCCAGUACUCGAAGACCUGGCCGGACCUCAAGUCAGCGACGUAAGCCUGGUACUCGACGUCGGCUUAUAG